AUGAAACAAAAUAAUAUUGGCAUCUUUAAGAAAAAUUCAGAAAACGAAGAAAUCUGUGCAAUAUCCAUCGACGAGAUGCCAACCGACGUUGAUGAGAAGGAACCCUGCUCUUCACCUUCAGAACUGUGUUGGAAGGUUGAUAAUACGUUUCGUUCCAACAAGUUUAUAUGCUAUACUACAGAAUCUUAUCGUUUUGAGCUUCUUAUGAAAGAAAGUCAACCAAAACGAGGAAGAGGUCGACCCAGAAAACCAACAACUACCAUGGAACCAGAUCGAAGAAAGUCGAAUCGAAUUGAAAAGACAAGAAAACGAGCUCGGUCCUCUUCUUCAUCAGCUGAAAAACGGAACAAAUAA